ACGACCGAGGGCGACUUUUUUCCGAAAUCGCCUGGCUCUCCUAUCAAAAUUCUCCGCGAGAUAAAACGCCAGUGAGCAACAUUCCGCGAAAUAAACAAACGUAGAGCAAACACAUCGUCAUCGGGAGAGAGGACGGGAUAGCGUGCAACUGCGCUGCGCUGCACGCGCAUAGUGUGGGAGAGGGAGAGAGAGAGAGAGAGAGAGAGAGAGCGAGAGCGCGAGCGCGCUUGUGCAGACGUUCCCCUUUUGGCCGCCGCUAUUAGUCAUUGAGUCAGUCGCGCGCCGGACGCUGAGUCGUCGACACUUUUUCUAUAAGGUGUGCACUGCGGAAAAGGGAUAAAACAGAGAGAGAACAGACGCACUCGUUCGCUGCCUCUGCUCUGCGUGUCUCGUGUGCUGAGCCUAGCCUCCGGGAGCCGCACGCGACGCAUCUGUGGAUAAACGGAUAUCCCCUCGACGACCCGCAUUAGAAGGAGAACAAACCUUCCCUGUGGAAGAUCUGUGUGCUGUGAUUUAUCGUUCUGGGGGCCAAAACACGCGCAACAACGGACAACCCCACAGGACCGGGGGGUGCUUCUCGUGUCUCGGGAGGAAGGUCAGGGCCUGCACUAGACUAGCUUGGCUCUCUCCAGGCCGCCACCUGUUUUCCCUCGCCCUCGAUUAAUAAUCCCAUCUCCUACUGCCCCAUACGUACCCCACCGCCACCUUCACCUGCGCAAUACCACAAACACACUAUCUUUGCUACGUGGCGCGUUCUCAAUCACCCGAAACUAAAAGAUUCGAUGCCUUCCAGGGACGAUAAUCGCUCCCUAUCCACUGAGCAACGCUGGAUCCCUCCUUCAACUAUUAGACGCGAUGCGCUCACCCCAGAAAGCAGAAAUGAUGUCAUCUUUAGAAAGGUGCGGGGCAUUCUUAACAAGCUCACACCGGAAAAGUUCGCAAAGCUGAGCAACGACUUGCUCAACCUUGAGCUCCAUUCCGAUGUAAUUCUCAAAGGCGUCAUAUUUUUGAUCUUUGAAAAGGCUCUCGAUGAACCGAAAUACAGUUCUAUGUACGCACAGCUGUGCAAGCGGCUGUCUGAGGAGGCUGCGAACUAUGAGAACUCGCAAAAGCAUCAGCAGCAGCAGCAGCACGGCGGCGUUGGACUCCACUCGACAGGCAGAACCGGACUCAAUAACCAUCUCGAGCCCGGAAAGCGCUGCACCGACAGCACUUUCACGCGUCUGCUGCUCAACAAGUGCCGCUUCGAGUUCGAAAACAGAUCCAAGGCCAACGAGGCUUUCGAGCGACAGGAUGGUGAGCUUAGCGCGGAGGACGAGGAGCGCCGGCAGACGGCCAAACGCAAGAUGCUCGGCAACAUUAAAUUCAUCGGCGAGCUCGGCAAGCUGGAGAUCGUCUCGAACUCGAUCCUCCACAAGUGCAUCCAGCAGCUUCUGGAUAAGAGGCGUGGCGGAUCCCGGGGGGACCCCGCCGAAGACAUCGAGUGCCUCUGCCAGAUCAUGCGCACCUGCGGCCGCAUCCUCGACACGGACAAGGGUGCUCGGCUUAUGGAACAGUACUUCAAUCGCAUGAAUAGCCUGGCAAAGAGUCCGGAACUACCACUCCGCAUACGCUUCAUGCUGCGCGACGUCAUCGAGCUCCGUAGGGACCGCUGGGUGCCGCGCAAGGCCACCAGCACAGAGGGCCCCAUGCCCAUCAACCAGAUCCGCAAUGACAACGACGAGCACUCGAGGCCCGGUGGACCACUUGGCGGUGGACCCGGAGGACCCGGCGGACCAGGCAGCUACGGCUACGGUCGUAAUCGCGGUGGACCCGGCGACGAGCCGGGCGCCCGGGGCAUGAGCCGUGACCUCUUCCAUCGCAUGGACCGCGUCAGCCUCGACAACUUCGGUAUCAUACCGCUCAGCUCACCCGGCUUUGCCAUGAGCUCGCCCUUCAGCCCCAACGGCUUCGGCCCCGGGCCCAACUCCACGCCUGGCUACAAUGCCCGACACAACCAGCGCAAUCAGCCCGCACCCUUCUACCCCAACCAGAAUCGCCACCAGAACAACUUCCAGGCCAAGCACAACCAGCAGCAGCACAACUCGCCUCAAAACUACAAUAACAAUGGCAACAAGGACGGUAACAUGAGGUUCAACAAGAGCAAGAUGCUCAUCGGACCGCCGGAGGAGCUUUCCCUCAGGCCCUCGGCUAACUCGAUGACUUUCAAGCAACCCAACAUCAACCCAAGCUUGCCUAUGAACAACGGCGGCAUAGACCUCUUCCCGGGUCGCAUACCCGAGUCGCCGCUUAUGCGGCCCAACGCAGCCGCAUUGGCUGCUGCGGCCACACUUCGCAAGCCCAGUCCGCCCCUGCUGCCGACCAAGGAGACGCCGGCCAUUGUCAUCAAGCAAGGUCCUCUGGACAAGCGCGAGAAGGCGCGCGAGCGCAAGGAUAAGGGCCCGACCAAAGAGGAGGUCAUGAAGAAGGUGAACGCCCUGAUGGACGAAUUUGUCGGUCACAGUAACAUCCCCGAUGCUAUUACGGCCUUCAAGGAUCUCAAGAUGCCCGAGCGCAUGCUGCGCUGGGCUGUCUAUAGCAUCUACUCUAACAGCCUCGAGCGUAACGACGCCGAGCGUAAUCUGGCUGCUGAUCUCAUCUGCCAGAUGCGCAAGGAUUCCGUAAUCAACAGCGCGCAGCACCACGACGGCUGGAAGGAGCUUGUCAAUUCGAUGGCCGAAAAAGAGAGUGCGGUGCCCUGCAUCGCCUCGCACAUCGCGCAGCUGACGGCGCGUGCCAUCGUUGACAAUCUCAUGCAGCUCUCUGACCUGGCCUCUGUCACCGAAAAUGGCCAGCACUACCCUCUCUUCUUGCUCACGCUCCAGCAGCUACACAAGAGCCAGGGUAAAGCCACGCUCACUCAGAUCUUCAACGAGAGCAAGCUUAACCUCAUUAGCCAGCUGCCUGAGGCCGAAAAAACCAAGGAACGCCUUGGCGAGAUUCUCGAGGACAGGGACCUCACCUUCCUCUAUCCGCUUCUCAGAAUCCAGGGCGACAUGUGGCGACAGCUCGAGAGCGAUCCAGCACCCAACAGCCUCUACAAGUGGAUCAAAGAAAAGCUCGACCCUUCGCACCAUUCCGACCCUGGAUUCAUCAAUGCCCUUAUCACAGUUCUCCUCAAAUAUAUUACUCAGGAAACAACAUUCCCACCCGGCACCAGUCCAACGGUCUUGCCUGAGAAAGCCCUGAUUGAGAAGGAGCAAGCCUUGCUGGAAAAAUACCAGCGGAUGCUGCAGACGCUUCUGCCAACCAUCGAAUCGCAGGUCACUGCCGUACACUCGUUGCAAGUCUUCUGCCUGUCUCUUAACUUCCCCAAGGGAAUGCUCCUGCGCUGGUUCAUAGCACUUUACGAUCUUUCAAUUAUCGACGAAGAUGCCUUUAUGCGCUGGAAAGAAGACGUCAACGACGCUUAUCCAGGAAAGGGCGAUGCCCUGUUCCAGGUGAACGCCUGGUUAACGUGGCUGGCGGAGCAACCGUCUGAAGAUGAAGAUGAUGAAGAAGAAGAAAAAGGAGGAGAUAACUAGAAGGAAAGGAGGGAGCCCCGGGAGGGAAGCUGUCCUGGAAAAAAUAUCUAUGAUUUGCGAUAGAUUUUCACUAUCUCAUAAUCUAGCUCAGCCGAAGGUUUGGUUUCAUCGAUUAAGUUGCUUCUAUCAAAACAUCCAAGCAUCCUGAGCUUGUCAGUGCCCUCCAGCAAUCAAAAAAAAAAAAAAAAAAAUUAAAGAAAUACUGUAAACGCGUUAUUGAUUGACGCAAAGCUAAGCUUUGAAACAGUGAAAAAGACAGAAAAAAUAGUAAAAGAUUAAUGUUGAAUUAUAGGAGCUAUGAGCGGCGCUCGACAUGUCUGCGAGCAGGAACUUUUAAUCUCUUAGAUAAUUGAAUUCUAAAUAUUAUUAUCAUUUCUAUAAUGAGAGAAGAAAAAGAAAAAAAGACAUAAUGGGCCAGCGAAUGACUAUCGGUGCAGAGAAAAAACCUCUUAAGAUUGAAAAGGUAAAAGAUAAUGUGAAAAACAGCAUAACAGGGGGUUAUAAUAUAAAAUAGGGUGAAAAAGUAAAAAAUUAGUCUGAUGAUUUGUAUUGUCCGAGUUUUUGUCUAGUAUUGUGUACGUGCCACGUUUUAUAAGUCUUUUUGUCUGCGGUUAGAGGAGAGCAGCCUGUUAUAUCUGUGUACCAACUUUUACACUUAAAAUGAAUUAUUACUGCGUAUUAACGUUAUUAAUUAAAUGCAUUACUUGAGGCAUUCACUCGUACGAAUGUCCAAACGAUGAUCUACUAUCGACUUUCUGACGAACAAACUUUGACCUUAAUCCCAAAGAGUGUUAUUUAAAAAGAGGAUAGAAGUCGGCUAGCUGGUGGACAAACGCAUCUUGAAGCGUCGAAUCUGAACUUUUCGAAGCUUCGAGUGUCUUGUCAUUGAGGCGGAAACACGAGUGAGAUAUUUAUUACUGGUAAACUGGUAAACAGAAAUAUCAAUCAAAAUACCAUCUCUGCCUGUACAUCUACUCGCUGUACCAUUCUGCGCCCAAACGUAAAAAGAUAAAUAGUUAAUAUACAGGAAUGCAAUUAAAUAAUUAAUUAUCUGACAACCAGCAGCCAACAUCACAUCCACGUAAAGAAGAAAACAUAACAUAGCGAAAACUAGUGACACUUACUAAAUCAUAUACGAUAAAAACAAAUAAACAUGCCUUGGUGUAAUUUAUUAAAAAAAGAAGCUCCUCCGGUUGUUCCGUUAACGAUCAACGGUUUUUCAAGUCCUUUACCUUUUUUCCUUUCUUAUUCUUUACGAGUUUCUCUCUGAAUUUAGAUAAAGCAUACACAAAUAGUAUAAUUAUAUAAUUAUAAUUUAAACAAUACAAAUAAAAGUGUUUGUUCGAGCGAAUCAAGCAAAAAAUAGAAAAAAAUUUAAUUGAAAAAAAAGAAAAGAUACGGGCGUUUGCUUCAGUAACCUUCAGCCCGGUUGAUUGUUGGACAGAAAAAUUUCGCCUGGAUAUCGGUGCAAUAAUCGCGCUUUGUCGCCUUUGCGUCGAAGCACGCUCUCUUGUAUUUUCCUUAAGUUUAAUUGUAUCGAAAAUUAAAUUUCUACAUAUAGCCAUCAAUCAUCCUUAUUGACUAAUGUAUAAGUGAUAAAACAACGUAUGAAAAAUAAAUCAUUAUUUAGUCAAUUGCGUAUGUACAUAGAAACUUUUGUUAUCGCCGGACUGAAGCGUUUAGUAAAAUGAAAAAGAUUAAUAAACUUGCGUUUAUUUAGAUAUCCAUCCACUGUAAAAACGAGAUGUUGAAUGUGAAAAAUUGAGGGGAGUUGGAUGAGAAAAAUAUAAGUGAGCGACGUCAUGUAUCGAAACUACAUUAUGUUAGACUUAUUGCUUCGCAAUAAUCCAUGUAGGACACUUGAUUGACCAGUUUCAGGGACGUGCCGCUUUUUACACGAAUACAUGAAAAUACAAAAAAAUAUAUUAUAGAGGAAAGAAGGAAACAAUCUUCCGUCGACGUCUUCUGUAAAGAGCGAUUUUUCUUUACCGCGACUUGUCUCUUUGACAAAAAGUCAAUCGAGCGUCCUACGAGUUCGUGUUAAUGAUAUUUGAAAAAAAAAACGAAAGAAAAAUACGUCUUUAUACCAUUUUUCACACGCCGAAUAUAUCCUUAUUUGUUAUGUCCUAUUAUCUGCGCGAAAAAUAUUGUCAAAAGCCGAAAGGGAAUAAUCUGUUACAAACUGCUAAAAAUCGCGGCGCGAUGACUAAGAGUCAAUGCUUUUGUUGAACUAGAAAAACCUUUUAUUUGAAACCACUUGAUUUAUUACAAAUUUGUCAAAUUAUUAUUCAAAACUGUAAUAUUUAUAAAUAGAGAAUAUGUGAACAAUACUGAA